AUGUUCGUUAAAACGUUCAUUUGUUUUUACAUAACUAUUAAAGUUGUGGCUGGACAAGCCGGAGACAGCUGUUUGCACAAAAAUAUCUCUGGAGUGUGUUCACUUAUCAACGAUUGCGAGGUUGCCUUAAGGUCCAUCCACACAAAUGGUUUUCAUCGACUAUCGAGAUGUGGUUUCGACAAAAAUUUGGAAAUCGUCUGUUGUCCAUUGGCGAAAAAGUUGGAGGAUAAUCACAAUAUCGAAGAUAAUGAGGAUAAUGUUAAAGAAAAUGCUGGCGUCAGAAGACUUAGAGUUGCUGAUAAAGAAUGUAAGAAUAUUGUAAAUCGUUACAAUCCUCCCGUUGAUACCCACAUCAUCGGUGGUGAAAUUGCUUCGGCAGGAGAGUUUCCCCAUACGGUUGCACUAGGCUAUCGGGAAUCAAACAAAUACUUCUUCCGAUGUGGCGGUUCUCUGAUUUCAGAAAGGCAUGUUUUGACAGCAGCGCAUUGCGUAAAUCCAAUAGAUCACAUCCCGCCGAGUAUUGUUCGCUUAGGUGUGGUAAACAUAUCGGGCUCCCACUGGAAUGCAGACACGGACUACGGCGUGGAGAAGAUCUACCUGCAUCCGAAUUCCACGCGACCCAGGAAAUACCACGACUUGGCCAUCAUUAAGCUGGUGAAAACGGUUCAGACGUCAGACGUAGUGUACCCAGUGUGUUUGUACACAAAGGAAAAGGACCCCACAGUAAUGCUCGACAUUUCCGGCUGGGGAAAAUCCGAUGUCACAAGGGCCGCCACUAGUGAGGUACUGCUCAAGGCCCGGCUGACUAUAGUGCCGCGCGAUAUCUGCAAUCAGAGUUACACGGUAUCGCGGAGGCUGCCCGAGGGCAUCAUCGACGAGCAAUUGUGCGCCCAGGACACUACGGGGAACACAGACACGUGCCAGGGCGAUUCGGGGGGACCGCUGCAGGGUCUGACGCAAACUGACGGCCACCCCCGCCUGGUGGGCAUCACCUCAUUCGGCAACGGCUGCGGCACGCCCGUGCCCGGCGUCUACACGCGCGUCUACAAAUACCUCGACUGGAUAGAGGCCAUUGUGUGGCCUUCCAAU